CUACUAGAUAUCCCUUUCUCUCUCUUUUUCGUUCUCCCAUUCUUAUUUUUCUAUUCCGUUUAACUACUUUUUCUAUCUCUCUCUUUACAUUCUCUUUGGUAUUCUCAGCAUUUUUCCGCAGUAUAGUCAAGCCCGCCAAUUAUCGAACGUCCACGUGUUUCUCUCUCUCUCUCUCCCUUUUUUUCUUUUUCUCUUUUUCUCCCGCCCCCUCCCCUUCCCCGUUCUCUAAUUCCUUUUACUAUUUCUUUCAACUGGCUAAAGUCAUUUCCAUUCUUGUUCCAACUCUCGAUCAUUCCUUUUAAUUCUCAACGUCAACGUGGAAAAAUAGACAGACAGAUAGACAGACGGUAGAAGGAGAAGAAAUAAAGAGUGAGGAAAAGAGGGGAAAAAGUAAGAGAAAGAGAGAGGAAAACGAUUAUUCCCGAUUGGUGUUUACAACAUCCGAAAAAGGACGAAAUUCGAACGAUCGUCGACCUCAUUCUUCGUGUUUUGCAACGAGGAUUGUGUGUAAUGAUAGUCGAAGGGAGUACGCGGAAGCGUUGAAAGAAAAGAGAAGAAAAAGAAAAAGAAAAAAAAGAAGAAAAAGAAGAGUACGGGGCUUGGGGUGUUCCGUUAAGUGAUUGCAAAGGAAUGUUACUACCACGAAGUUGAAAAGUUUUGGUAUCGUGGUGCUUAGCUGGGUUUUCGAUGGCCAUUAUGUCGUUUGGACUAAACUUUUACCGGUCUCCUAACGUUAGAAGGGAGACACCAGCUGAGACAGCUACGGAGACGUUUAUGAUGAGGAUAGUCUUCUUGACUUUAGGAUUUUUCCUUCUACUUACUAGGGAGGUUAAAGGGACCACGAAAGCAUGGUUGGAAAGUGAGAAAUACGCGGAAGUUGGAACGGAAGUGCUAUUGCCAUGCAUCCUAAAAGCAUCGCAGUGUGGGGCACUUCAAAGCAUUGACUGGUAUCGCGCGGGUACGCGCAUUUUUGCUUUCAACGAAGGCACGGGGUUAAUGCGGAACAAGGAUGGUGACGACGACGGUGACGGUGACGGUGACGGUGACGGCGGCGGCGGUGGUGGUGGUGGUGGUGGUGGUGGUGGUGGUGGUGGUGGUGGCUAUGGCAGUGACGGCAGAUUGGACAUGGAAUAUAUGCUCAAUUCGACGACGGCUUACCUGAAAAUGAUCGAUGUUAAACUCGAGGAUGAAGGACUAUACAAAUGCGAAACUGUAUACUCGGCUGGAAAUUUAAAAUGCGAUAAUAUUCAACACGUAAUACUUAACGUUACGAUAAAACCCGUUAACGUACAUGUCAUCGACGAAAACACAAAGAACAUUUUAAGUCCGGAUACUACGUUUGGACCGAUAGACGAAGGUUCAACCAUUUCACUGACUUGCGAGAGUGGCGAGGGUAGACCAGUUCCCACGGUGCAGUGGUUUAAGGGUGAUCAACAGCUCGAAGCCGAGGCUUCCUCGACGGUCGACGCCAAUGGCAUAGGCACCGGAAGAAGCUCCUUGAAGAUGCAAGUGACUCGAGACGAGCUUGGCGAUGUUUUCACGUGCAAGGUCAACAGCGUUGCUCUCUUAGAACCCAUCACGGAAGACAUUAAAUUCGAUAUUCAUGUGCGUCCAUUAAAGAUGGAUUUGAGCGGAGUGGUUGGUCAUGCGGUGCAAGGAACGAAAAUAUUAUUACAGUGUACCGUAAGUUCAGCAAGGCCAGCUGCCAAUGUAACUUGGUACAAUGGAUCAGAACCAUUGACCACUAGUAACGAAAAAUACGAACUGUUUGAGACGAAAAUAUUUGAAAAUGGGAACGAUAGUACGUCAAAAACGAUAAGUUAUCUUGCUUUUACGGCAUCGGAAUACGACAAUGGAAAAACGUUUAGUUGCAUCGCUGAAAAUCCUGUUAUUCGUACUAAACGUCUCAAACCUAUGAAGGAAGUAAUUACGAUCAAAGUAUUGUAUCCGCCGAUAAUCAAAAUGAAACCGGUUAACAUAACCGUCAAUGAAACGGAAGAUUUUACGAUUUUCUGCGAUUACGAGGCUAAUCCAAAUACUUUGAUUAAAGUUAAAUGGUUACAAGAAGAUUUGGAGUUAACAUUGGACGAAGACGAGCAUUAUGAAGGUGGUAGCACGGAGAAUACGGCAUUAACAGUAAAGAAUGCAACCGCUACCGAUAUGGGUUCCUAUAAAUGCAUUUUAGAGAAUAGCGUUGGGGCUACCAGUUCCAAGGAGAGCGUAAAUGUGUCCGUUUUAUAUAAACCCGUGGUUGAAGUGAUAUCGGAUCCGGGCACGCCGGUGAACGAGGAAGAACGUUUGAACGUGUCGCUGAGUUGUUCGGUACUUUUUGGAAAUCCCGAGAUCCUAACGGCCGUACGGUGGUACUUGGAUGGGGAUCUCCUAAAGGAACUUCCAGACUGCACGACGAACGAUACGAUAACGUCAACGUUGCUCGAAGAAUCCUCCAGUAUUUGCGACAUUGACCCUAGCAAACUGUUAUUGGAAGCUGUUGGACGUUCCUUUCACGGAGAUUAUUCUUGCGAGGGUAGAAACGAUGCCGGUUGGGGUCUCAUGUCUCCAAGCACAUCUGUCACCAUUUAUUAUAAACCUGGCCCAGCAACCAUAUCCUAUGAACCCAAACGUGUUGUUAAAGGACAACAAUUGUCUAUCAGCUGUUCCGUUGUGGAUCCUGGGAGACCGGAAAUAAUUGGUUUUAAAUGGCAUAGAGAUUUGUAUAGGUUACCAGAUGAGACCAAUUCCGUGCUCUAUAUAGAUUUUGUCGACGUUAAAGCUGCCGCUAAUUUUACCUGCAUGGCUUUUAACGAAGCUGGUGUUGGAUACCCUGCUACAAUCGCUAUCGAUGUUUUAGUUGCACCAACGUUUAUCCAAGCCCUGGAAAAGUAUCAAGGAUUUGUCUACAAUUCUAAAAACGUUAGCCUCGUUUGUUGGAUAGAAUGUGUCCCAAAUUGUAACGUUUCUUGGUACAGAAAUGGCGAUCCCAUAGAUUUCGAAACAUCCGAUCGUUAUUAUUUAUUAAACAGCCAUAAGCCAUUGGAUUACGAAAACAAUCAUUUCGCAAGUAUUCAAUCCAAUUUAACCUGGAAUUUGACUGCAUUACCAAACGGUCGGCUCGAUCAUAUGGACGAUGAUGCUAAAUUUACCUGUAAAAGUAGUGAUAAUGGUAUUGGAAUACCAAUCGAAAGUACCACUCAAUUUCACGUUGAAUUCCCACCAGAGAACAUGACGAUUUCAAAGAAGAUAAUAAACGUUACGGUCGACACCAUACCGGAAACUGUCAGUUGCGACGCGAAGGCUUAUCCAAACGCGACCUUCAGAUGGUUCCGCGAGGGUUCGAAUGAUACUAUUAUCGAAGGGCAAAUACUUGAUUUAAAAACACCUAUACCUAGACGCAGCAAUGGGACUUAUUAUUGCGAGGCAUCAAAUCAACACGGGAAACUUAAUAUUUCCCUCGUCGUCAACGUCCAAUUUAAGCCUGAGUGUCAGAUACAGCGAGAACGAUUGAAGGAUAUGGAUUACAUCAGCUGUUCGGCAAUUGGAAAUCCAGAAGAAAUCGAUUUCAUCUGGUUCAUAGAAAAUGACAACGAAACGGUAGAUUUCGAGAUUCAGGAUGGGAUAAGCUAUGUACUUUUGGAUACUUCAAUCACGAAAUUUCGAACAUACGUGUGCAUUGCCAACAAUUCAAUCGGUCAAUCCGAGCCCUGCGAUUUGGAUAUUUCCGGAGACGUACCUUGGUGGUAUCGUAUGGAUGGUAACCUGUUACUCAUAGCAAUAAUCGUAUCAAUUAUCAUAAUACUUGCUAUAAUUAUCGUCUGUGUAGUCAUCCUUAUAAUUUGCAGGCGUAAACGGAAACAAAUGAAAUACUCGAACGAAAAUGGAAAUAAUAAUCAAGCGAAUAAUAUGACGGAAACAAUGGGGGACGGUACGACUAAAACAUUUUAUGAAAACUUACCUUUCCAUGGUAUCCAAGCUCCACCUAAUAAGGCAUUCAGUCCAGGAUUUUCUGAUUUGGAUUACGCCGAUGUGGAUUAUCGUUCGUACGGGCCAAUUAAUUACAAAGCUGCCAGUAUCGCAUUGUUUCAAAAACAACAGGCCAUGGAAAGACAACAACAAAAUCAAAAAGAACAACGAAGACCACAAAUGUAUGGUCUUUCGGACGAUAACGAAGAAUUACUUUAAUACUCGCAUAAUCGGCAAAUUAUUUUUCUUCGGAUUAUUAAAUUUUAAAAAAAAACACAACAAACGGAAAACACAUAUGACCAAAGUAACCAAGACUUAUAUUAUUAUUGAACUAUUCGCGGAGAUUGUAAUAAGAACGUAUUUAUUUUUUUCUAUGGCCCAAAAAAAGUAAGUCAAAACGAACGGAGUAAUGGUGCGCGUCUGAUUUAUUUAUUUAUUUAUUUAUUUAUUUAUACGGAAACAAAAGGAUUUCUUAAAUAACAUUAACACAGCAUUUAAAUUAAAAUAUUAUUGAUAUGCAUUGAUACUACAAACAAUGAUACGUAUGUAUAUAUGAAGGUAUGGUUAUGUACAUACACGAUUUCUCUCGAUUAUUGUUAAAAAAAAACAAGAUUAUUAAAAAAGAAAAAAAAAGGAAAGAUAAAGAAAAUAAAUAUACAAGUAAAGUGAUACUGCGAUCAACAACAUCAUCACAUGCGACAAUGGUUAUUAUUUUUUUGUUGUUUUUUUUUUUCUUGAAAACAAAUCUAUACGAACAUUCUUGUCGUUAGUUAUCAAUUAACGUCGAACAAUAAAAAUUCGUAAUCCACCAUUUCCAUAGAAGUUACAAAUCAAUGGCAAAGGUCCUCGUAAUUCUAGGCAAUAUGCAUAGCAAUAAUUGUAAAGAAUAACAAAAAUGUGUCGCAGAUUUGGUAUUAUCGUCGAGACGUUUAAACAAUCUCGAUGGGGAAAUGUUAAAUUGUAUGCCAAUGUCCUUAAUAUAUA